GUCCUCGAUCAGUUCGUCGAUACUUUGGCAGUAAUACAUCAUAUCAGUAGUGGAAAAACCAAAGUCAUCAUAGCUCCCCACGAUGCGCAUAGCCUUCGGGGAACUAACUCGGCACCCUGCGAUGUAUAUUGCGAAGCGCUCAAAGGAGCUUUUCUGGACUUCUACUCACUCCUUUCUAUAAUCCGUAGUGUGUAUAAGAAUCAACUAACCACAAUGUUCAACGAAUAUUGCUCUAAGAACUUCUAUGGGGCGUCUUGGAGCACGUUGAAUCAGGUUAUCUUCGGCGUUGAUCUACAAAAUGAGCCAUGGUUCGGAGUCUGGCCAAUUGUUGCCUGGGAAAAGUGGUUGUGCGAUAUUGCUACGCACUUGAAAAAUGACGUUGGCCUUCGAAAGAACAAUAUUGCCGUCAUCACCGGGAUGCUAUCUGGAGCCAAUGGUCCCAAAGGGACUGAAAACUUUCCAGACUCCGCCAUAGACUGUCCAACGGUAGAUGUGAUCUCGAUUCAUGGGUAA